CAUGUUCAAACUCAUACGUAUAGCGCGUGGGGAAGUUGUCGAUAACAUUGGUCAUAGCGAGAUGGCGUCUGUAUGUGUACCUGCAGAAAACUAUCAUUGUGCCAGUGCCGGUCCAAUUCUGUUGGCUGGUGCUGACAGUGGCAAACUUCGGACCGUUGAAAUGGCUUUGGAAGCUGGUGCUGACAUUGACUUUGAGGGGCGAGGGUGCGGGUUCGCACGCAGUGGCACAGCACUGGCCAUCGCUAUCGCAAGGGGACAUGUAGAUGUAGUGAGACUGCUGCUCCGCGAGGGGGCGUCGGUGGCGAAGAAAGUCAUGGGCGAAUUCUCUCUACUCCAUGUCGCAGCAUCCGAAGGAAAGACAGAAGUGGUGGACUUGCUGGUGCAGCAUGGUGCAACGUUAGACACACGAGACGGCUCCAAGAACACUCCACUCAUGGCUGCCGCUGGCAACAACCAUGUGGACACAGUUCGGCGACUGAUUGAGCUUGGUGCAAAUCCUGAUUUGACCGACGGGUAUAUUGCUGUGGUGAGGCUUGGGCUAGAUGGCAGAGUCAAGAGGCCAGACUAUAGAUGUCGCGAGAUUAUAAGGCUGAUACAAGAGGCGAGGAAGUCCAAGCUGUUGAGAUGCUGCAACCCCCAAUGUGGCAAACCAGGCUACAGGAAAACCCUGAAGCUGUGUGCCGGGUGCAAAAUGACCCGCUACUGCAGCCGUGACUGUCAGAAACAACACUGGUCUGUCGGACACAAGAAGUGCUGUGGGCAUGACGUGUACUCCUGAGUGGGACCAGAGACCUCCUAUAACCUGGUUAUGUUGCUACCAGACUACGUGCAUACCACAUAUAUACUACAUAUACUACACAUUUUGGAUGAUGACUUUGAACCAACUUGACCUUGGAUUUCUUUCCACUCAUACAAUAAAACUAGUCAAGAUAUAGUACAACCGUACUAAGUUUUAGAACAGAAUUCCAAAUGGUUCCUGAGAUAUGGCCAACUUUGCACUUCGGCGCCUAGCACAGGUGUCGGCCCCGUACAAGGACUAUCUAAAGGGGCCGCUAAUUGGUCUCAUUAUCUCAACAAAUUUAAUAUUCUGGUAGACUUUUUUCUUCUACAAUAGAACUUGCCAGACCACAUUCUAACGUUCUGAGUAAUUGAGUUUGGGGGGGUCAAAGAGGGGGGGGGGGGUCAAUUCCUAACAUAUAAGUCGAAUUGCCGUUCCUGCUGUCCAUACAUUAGAUUAGUUCUUUUUUGAGUUGAUAGGUAUUAGAAAUGCCUAUAGUUAUACUGUAAGUUGCCAUACAUUGUACCUUCAAAAUUUCUGCCUUUUUAAUAUUGUAGUAUCAAAUAAGAAGUGGUAUGCUCGUUAGCAAACCUUAGCAUUUAUCUAUUUCUCACUAUGGGCUAUGAUACUGGCGUAUUGUCUGUGUAUAAAAAAAUAAUGUUGCAAAGCUUUGAUGUUUUUUGACAUACGAAUUCUGUCUAAAUGCCAAGCGGUUUUAUAUGACCUUACUUAAUUUGGUUUAUCAUGUAGAAGACAUUUCAAGUUAGUAAGUUAAAAUGUAACAUGGAAAUUGAGAUUUUUGCAAUGACACUUUGCAGUUACCAUAUUUUCUAUCUUACCUGUUGUUAGAUCAGUGUCACUGUAUGGUUGUCACGAUUGUCUUUUCAUUAUCGCUGAAUAUUUUUUCACCUAAUAAACUUUAACUGAACUGACCGUUAA